AUGGAUCAAGAUGCACGCACUCUCACUCACUACCGGACAGCUAGACAGGGUAAUCUUAGGAUGGGGACUUCCUAUAUGUAUGGAAGCUUUAAUGGAUACAAACUUGGUGCCUUUGGUCUCCUUGUUACCAUAGAAACUGCUUUAACACAUAAAAGUGAAGGGGUGGAACCACUUGUGAUUUUAUUCUCUAAGACAGGAUCAAAUGGCUGA